GUGUCACUGAGUUUACACCACUCAGCUCAAUGAUGAGGGCACUUCUUGGAGCAAUAUGGAGCUUUCGCAGUGUGUUCAUCAUCAUUUUCAUGCCGCUAUUAAUUCUUCCACUUCCCCUGUUGAUCAACACACAGGUGGCUCAAUGUGCAUUUACGCUGGUGCUGAUGGCAAUCUUUUGGAUAACAGAGGCCUUGCCUCUGUCGGUGACGGCCCUCCUUCCAGCACUACUCUUUCCUCUCUUUGGCAUUAUGAAGUCCUCAGUGGUUGCAACUAUGUAUUUUAAAGAUUUCCACUUACUCCUGCUUGGGGUUAUCUGUCUCGCAACCUCGAUUGAGAAGUGGGGGCUGCAUCGGCGGAUUGCUCUCAAGCUGGUCACUAUGGUUGGAGUAAACCCUGGCAUGUUGAUGCUGGGCUUCAUGGUAGGCUGCGCUUUUCUCUCCAUGUGGCUGAGCAACACCUCCACAGUGGCCAUGGUGAUGCCGAUAGCAGAGGCUGUGAUGCAGCAGGUCAUUAGUGCAGAGGGUCAGGUCAACAGUCAGCAGGAUAAAGCACUAAAAGGCAUCUGCAAUCCUGCACUCCAAUUGGAAGGAGAUGCUGAGAAACAGUGUGAAAAAUCUAAUGAUGAGAAGAGCCCAGCAAAAAUGCUUAAGGAUUUUGCUAUUGCAGUACCUGAGGAGGAUUAUUCCAGUGAGGCUCUGCCAACUUCUCCAUUACACUCCAACUACAGGACACAUCGAGAUCAAAUGAUGUGUAAAUGUUUGUCUCUUGCCAUUGCCUACUCUGCUAACAUCGGUGGACUGGCAACUCUGCCAGGAACAUCUUCAAAUCUUAUCUUUGCUGAAUAUAUGCAUCAAUUUUACCCAGAAUGCAAGGUCAUCAAUUUUGGAAACUGGUUUAUUUUCUGUCUGCCUGUCUGCAUUAUUGUCCUGAGUUUGGCUUGGAUAUGGUUACAUUGGCUGUUUUUGGGCUCUAAUUUCUGUUCCGUGCUCUCACCCAAAAGGGGUCGAUCUGAAAGAGAGAUAGCAGCAGCCAAACAUAUCAAAGAUCAGUAUAAUGCACUGGGAAGCAUGAGCCGGCAAGAGAUGAUCACCCUUGUUAUUUUUGUGCUGAUGGCAGUGCUCUGGUUCAUGAGAGAACCGGGCUUCAUGCCAGGUUGGGCAUCUCUAUUUCCUGACUAUCCAGGAUAUGCAACUGAUGCCACUGCGGCUCUUCUUCUGGGCAUGUUGUUCUUCAUUAUCCCUUCUAAAAGGCCCACUGCAGAUAACUAUGAGACUAUGAUAUCAUGGAAGGAAUUUCAAACCUGUAUGCCUUGGGAGAUCUGUCUGCUUGUAGGAGGGGGUUUUGCAUUAGCAGAGGGCACCAAGGUAUCAGGUUUAUCCACUUUCGUUGCAGAAUUGAUGAGACCAUUGGGAAAUCUCCCUGUAAUGGCAAUUGUCACUAUUGGCUGUGUGAUUGUCACGUCUAUUACAGAAGUUGCUAGUAAUCCAGCCACCAUCACCAUCUUCCUGCCCAUACUUGCUCCUUUGGCUGAAGCCAUUAACGUCAACCCCUUAUACAUGCUGAUACCAGCAACUAUUAGUGUGUCAUUUUCCUUCCUGCUUCCUGUUUCCAAUCCUCCGAAUGCCAUUGUGUUUGCAUAUGGGCAUGUCAAAAUCAUGGAUAUGGUCAAAGCAGGACUGGGCUUGAACAUCAUUGGUGUUCUUACAGUGCUGUUGGCUAUCAGUACAUGGGGAAGACCAAUCUUUCUUUUGGAUACUUAUCCAGACUGGGCUCCAAUCUAUGGCACAACAAACACAACUGGGUUCUAAACUGCUGCAGUGUCUAAUGUAAAUAAGGAUGAAAAGCAUAAAGUAUCUAUAUAUCUUAGUUAAUGUGCUCCAAUUUGCCCUGUUCUGUGGGUAGUAAAUUGAAAUGGCAUUAUGCUUAUAUACAUAUUUUUUAACAGUGUUCUAUAAAUACUUUAAAGAGGUUUGUGUGAAAGAACAAAAUAGGCGUUGUGUAGAUGUUUAAUAUUAACUUUAUUUUUAUAAGCACCUUUUAUACAUGUAGCAGAUUUUAUACGCAUAGCCGUACAGAUUUAAAUCCAUAGGAUUUGUGUUAAAAACAAUUAAAUAAAAAUGAGACACUUCUAAAAGCAGAUAUUUGGGGAUCACUAGAAAGUUUAGCAGAUGUAAGGCUCACUUGUUUUUAUUCAAAAUUUGAGAUAUUUAAGGGCAAUCCAUUGAGCUACUAACUGCUUACGAUUUAUGAUUCACACAAAAUCCAUUAAGCUGAAUGAACCUACAAAAAAACUCUACAGUAUUUAUUUUGCCAGCUGGCCUUGUGAAAAAGAAAGCGACUGUUAAAUUUGUACUGGGGAUUUUGCUGUGUUCCCUUUAUUUAUUGACAAAUUUAGGAGGAGCUACAUUGAGAAAUUUCAAUGAACAUUUAGAAACAGUCUUAGGGUCCCUGGUGGUCUCGUGGUUAGGAUGCGUCGCUCUCACCGCUGUGGCCCGGAUUCGAUCCCCA